AGAAAGCAGAGAGCACUCUUUUACCUCUUCUUCUCUUUCGUUUACUCUCUGAUCAACCAAAUCAAAAAGGGAAAAAAACCCAGAUCUCUCCGCCUCUCUCCUGAUAAUAAAGUCCGAGACUUUAAUCGAGUUAUGUACAAGGGUCGUAGUGGAAUCACAAUGGGCGGUGGUGGCUCAUCGUCGAGAUCGGAGCUCCUCGGCGGAGCUACUGAUCGGAAAAGAAUCAACGAAGCUUUAGACAAACAUCUUAAAAAGUCUUUAGACAAAGAUUCAUUCCCUUCAACCUCAACUAAUAAAUCUCACCUUCACGAAGUUGAAUCUGAGGGAUCAGAUGUGAGUGGGUCAGAAGGUGAUGAAGAAGAAGAGACAUCGUGGAUCUCGUGGUUUUGUAAUUUGAGAGGGAACGAAUUCUUCUGCGAAGUGGAUGAAGAUUAUGUACAAGAUGAUUUCAAUCUGUGUGGGUUGAGUGGUCUAGUUCCUUACUAUGAUUAUGCGCUUGAUCUCAUCUUAGAUGUUGAAUCAUCAAACGGUGAUAUUUUUACUGAAGAGCAGAAUGAGUUGGUGGAAUCAGCUGCUGAGAUGUUGUAUGGUCUUAUUCAUGUUCGUUACAUUCUCACUUCUAAAGGAAUGGCUGCUAUGUUGGAGAAGUACAAGAGCUGUGAUUUUGGGAGAUGUCCGAGAGUGUUCUGCAGCGGGCAGUCUUGUCUUCCGGUGGGGCAAUCUGAUAUACCGAGGUCGAGCACGGUGAAGAUAUACUGCCCUAAAUGCGAGGAUCUUUACUACCCGCGAUCUAAAUACCAAGGCAACAUUGAUGGAGCUUACUUUGGGACUACAUUCCCACAUUUGUUUCUCAUGGCCCAUGGGAACGUGAAACCUCAGAAGCCGAGUCAAAGCUACGUUCCUAAGAUAUUUGGCUUUAAGGUACACAAGAAACAAUGAUGAAUGAUUCUUCUUGAUGGUCACGGAUCAUCAUACUGUAUCGUGGUUGGAGGAUGGAAAGGUCUUGAAAAGUUGAGUUUCUCUGUAUGUAAUCUUGGAUGAAACUGAUCUAUAGAGAAUCUGUCAUUGGCACCCGUGGGGAUUCAUUUAAAUCAUUUACAGAUAUGGUUUUGAUUUUGCUCAACAGUUUGUUGUGUAUAAUAUAAUUGCUGAGGUAAAAAAAGAGAUUUGUCCUUA